GGUCACAGCUCGUAUAAUUGAAUGAGUUUGCAGCGGUGCACAAAGCAGGCAAAAUUAAUAGAAGCACAUAUCCCCCGUACAUUGUUGUCACUCACUCAAAAAUUGUCAAUCAAGUGUUCAUUUUGGCAGACUUUAUAUUGGGCUAUAUCCAAACUGCUGCAAUUUAAUGUUAAAGUUAAUGUUGCAUAAAAAGUAAUAACCGUUGUGCCAGUUAAGAGAAUUUUAAAUUUUCCAUUCAAAAUAAAUUAGAGAGCUGCAUGACACCGAUAACACCCGAUAACAUUAUCGGAAAUUGGUGUCACGCAAAAAACUCGUAAAUAUUGGAAUUACUCGAAUUAUUUGGAAUUAAAGAGGACAUGGAGCCGAGUUUGUACAAGGGAAAUGCAAUUUUCCAGAACCAACCCAACUAUAAGGUAUUUAACAAAUCAUUUGAGCAUGCGGACGAUUCCUUCUACACAUAUUUGAAUGAAGUGGACGCGGAGGUGCUCAGGCAAGAGCUGGAAGAGCCCUCGAAAGUAUUUACAUCGUACAGCAACAACUCGACGCCACAGGACCCGCGUACACAACAGACUGCAAAUGCAUACAUAUGGGACCACUCAAGUCCACUGCUGCCCUACAAGUUUCCCAAUCACAGGGAGAAGUAUUCUGCCCUGAAUCGCAAACAACAGACGGCCUGUGUAAGGGUGCUGCUGGCCUGGCAACGCAACGAACUUGUGCCGGAGGAAGAUUUUGUGAUAUGGCGUGUCACCGAGAAGAAACGAUGCACGGAAUACCAAAUGUUCCAGAAAGAUGUCCACGAUUAUGAAACCAGUCAGAGGGAGCUGCUCUACGCCCCAAUGAAGACGAUUGUGCAGGCCUAUAACGUGUGGCAUGAGCUGCGUGUGAAACAGCUGCUAAAAGGCGUUCCCAAUGACACUUAUGUGACGUACUCGGGUCUGCCACAGCUGGCCCAAUGCAAGAGCCUCAAUCCUCAAACCGCCAGUGUGGAGCAGGUGCAGCUGCAGCGGAUUGUGGGCCAGGUACGGCUGUGCCCGGAGGUGAAGCUAAAGCGAGGCGAACUGAUGACACUGAAUGUGCGUUUGAGUCGCUAUGCGGGCAUAGAAACCGUUUACCCAACCAUGCCAAUGCCGGAAGAGUCGGAUGAAGGCAACAUCUUCGUUUUGCCCUUGGAAUCGCUCCUGAUGCUUUUGACUACCGGUGCAUAUGUUGAUUUGCCCACGGAAAUGAUGCUCACCAUCAAGGAACCAAAUGGGAGUGAUUGCAGAUGUAUCGAAUUUCACGAGCCCUUUCCAGCGCGCAACUGCGGCUGGCACACUAGUGGUUUGCUUUUGACGCAAGCCUAUCAGGUCUACAAGGCGCAGCCAGGAGAAGACAAGUGGCUAACGUUUGACCAGAAUGGCACAUUGAAAGACGAACCAGAUAAAAAAUCAGGUGCUAAAUUAGCCGUCGAUCUGCAAAUGUACUACAAUCUUCGACCAGUGGACAUGGAAUCAGCUGCCAUAGAGCCGGCCAACUCGAACACUGCCAUGAUUAGCUGGUGUCUAAGAUGCCAGGCGGAUGAUAAUGCCGAGUCACUUGAAGACUUUCAAAUAUAUAGCAGCGUAUCGGUGUCUGCUGUGAGCGAUAUGCAGGGAAAGCAGCCCCUCGGCUGUCACUUCAUCAAGCUGGAGAACAAACCCGACUGCGGUUGCGAGAUUAUGUCCAAAUAUGAAUUGCUCAAAGCUUGGCUGCAGUUGAAGCUCCUCAAAGCGGAGCUGGGGCACUGCAGUCGCGUGUCGCUGCGUGACUUUGAACCAAUGCUCGAGGAGAAGCUGACACUGGCUUCGCUGGAAAAGACGCUACACGACUACUACAAUACGAGCAUGCCGCAGUUGCUCUCACAUCUUUGUGAGUUUCUUAAACUUUUUAAUGCUGUCCCGCCUGGCAAGUAUUUGCUCCGAAAUUCAGCCAAGCACAAGGACAAGUUUUUACUGUGUAAACCCAUCAAGGAGGCCACACCACAGAGUUUCAGGCUGCACGAACUGCUAACGGGCAGCGCGCCCAGUGAUGAAUGCUUUCUCAGUCAAAACAGUUACUUGCCCAUCUCGAACACACUCUGCGGACGGCUGCAUCAAGAGCAGCAGUUGCUGCCCUGCGCAUUUCCAACGAAUAUCACAGGCCUACCAGUGAAAUGCCGCCGCAAUAAGGUGCCCGCGAUUGAGCCACGACGACAGCCAUUAAACUGGAGAGUCACUGCCUAUAGAGAGGCGAGGCAAAAGAACGCGAAAAAAGCGCAGAAGAUACGGGCCAGGGCUCGAAAGAAGGUGGCUGCCAAAAAUGAGGAAAAGGUUGACAAAGAGAUGGACAAGUUUAUGAGUCUGUGAGCCCACAAAGGCGCCACUUAUUGCACUGUAUAUGUACAAAAAUGUUAAUUAAACUUAAAUAUA